AUGUCACGUACAUCUGUCAGUUUUUGAGCUUAUCUAUACAGAGAUCUCCUGGACAUCUUGCUAGUGCGACCAGGCCCUAAAUGAUUCCACACGCUACCCGGAAGUGAAUAUCCCACCAACCGGAAGUGAAUAUUCCACCUGCUAGCUAUUGCAAUUUUACCCGCAAGUAAGGGCUUUGUUGUUGCUGAGCUUUGCGUUUUCUUGUAAUUUAUUAUAGAAUAAUUUCCCUCUAAAGAGAUAUGGAUUCUCCAGAAAGAUACACUCCUAAAAAAUGUUGCGAGGUACGUGUUAGUGAGGUCUUCCCACAUGGAAAUCAACUCGGGUGACGAACAAAGGGCGAUCGAUGAAUAUGGCGCCGAUCAAGAUACCGCAUCAACAAGUUCGACAAGGGUUUCUCUGGUGUCUGGCCGCCAUUUAUAUGUUCGCAUUCACCUCCUUGUACGUCCAAAUACCUGGAUUGUAUGGGGAUCGUGGUCUUCUACCAGCACGUUACAUCCUGCACGACCUGUCUACGUGCGCCGAUAAGCACACAUCUUGUCAGCGGUGGGCAUCUGCAGGGGAGUGUCACAACAACAGUAGAUGGAUGACGUCACACUGCUCGAAAAGCUGCGACAGUUGCCAAGAUACCUCUCUUAGUAGCGUGUUCCGUAGGACACCUACCCUCUUGUGGCUGACGCCCUUGCUGGGUCUAAAUACCUCGUCUGGCAUGGAGCUUCUGUGUCUGGUCGGGGCGGUCCUGUCCAUGGUGUUACUUGUCUCUCAGAGGUGCCGCGAUUGUAUCGCAUUCUUGUUGCUAUGGUUUCUGUACUAUUCCAUGGUCCAGGUUGGCCAGAUUUUCAUAUGGUACCAGUGGGACGGGUUGCUAUGGGAGACGGGAUUUCUUGCUAUACUCAUAGCUCCAUGGAACAUUGGCCCCGCUCGCUCAGAAAAACAACGUUGUUUCUACUGCAAACGCGACAGAAACACGGCCCGCCAUCAUGACGCGGUAUCCCUGUGGUUAGUCAAAUGGCUGCUCUUCCGGUUGAUGUUCGCUUCCGGUGUGGUCAAGCUGUACUUCAUGGACACCACGUGGUGGGAGCUCACCGCCAUGUACUGGCAUUACGAGUCUCAGUGCAUUCCCACCCCGGUUGCUUGGUACUUCCACAAGCUCCCUAAAUGGUUUCACCGAUUAAGCGUCGUCAUUACCUAUGUGAUCGAGAUGGGCCUCCCAUUUCUGUUCUUCGUUCCAGUGAGAGUGAUUCGGAUAUUUGCUUACUUCGGACAGGUGUUUCUACAGUUAUUGAUCUUGAUCACCGGCAACUACAACUUCUUCAAUCUCCUGACGAUGACUCUUUGCAUUUCGCUUCUUGAUGACGUCUUCAUUACGACACCUAUCACGUGCUCUUGUUCGUCCAAUUGCUGUAGAAAGAAGUAUUCGAAGUCCGUUCAAGACAACGUUGACUCGGCAGAAUCUUCCACCACAGGGGGAGAAAAAGUAGAAGCCGGUUUAAACAAGUUUCAACAGCACAAGAAAAAAACAAAUAAAGGUGACGACGCAGUAUUUCAGAGCCUUUUGACUGUUUUUAUCAGCCGAAUGAACUCAAAGGGCUCGUCACCUCAUCGUGUUGAGGCCUUUCGAGACUUUACGCACAGUACGAUGGCAGGACGGAUAAAAACAGCGUCAAUUGCCGCGUCAUUCCUAGCGACCAUGGUCACCAUCGGAAUAUUAAUUAAUAGAUGGUUUUGGUUUGAAACAACAAAUGGUGGGCUGUACAGCUGGAUAGCCUUUUCUCCGGCGGACUUUCGGUAUGCCGUUGACAUAGCAACGCUUGCAGCUAUCUGGGUUGGAUUGAUUUCACUAAUGUUGGAAAUCGUUUCUGCUCUUUUACGGUGCUUUCUUGAAGGCGGUGAAAGACUGAAGCAGACGUGUUCUCUAGUCCAGUGUGUGGCUGUCUCUCUUGUAGCACUUUUGUUAUUUGCAGUCUCCCUAGAGCCCUUUACGGACAUCAGUCCACGAACCAAAUCGAAGCUCCCAUCAUCAUUCAGGGGCUGGUAUAAGCAAACAAAGUACUUGGAGGUCGCGCACCCUUACGGGUUGUUCAGAAGUAUGACAGGAGUUGGAGGUCGGCCUGAGAUUAUCAUACUUGGGAGUAAUUCCACUGAGGGACCAUGGAAGGAGUACGACUUUCUUUACAAGCCAGGGAACAUCUACGCUCCACCGCCUUUUGUUGCACCUCAUCAACCUCGGUUAGACUGGCAGAUGUGGUUUGCAGCACUUGAAUCGUACGAGUCCAAUCCCUGGUUUCUAAGUCUUCUUCACAAGCUUCUUACCGGAGAACAUGAUGUGCUGCAUCUGAUGGGCGCGAAUCCAUUCCCGGUGAACCCACCACGGUACAUCAGAGCACAGCUCUUUACGUAUCACUACACGCAGAACACGUCAAGUCUUGGGGACGUGUUACUUGAGUCAAGUACGAACACAAGCAAAGCGUGGUGGAGUCGCGAGUUCAGCCGAGAGUACCUCCCCUUCAUUAUAAGUAACGACACCCUUAGUGACCUGGAGAGAAUGCUACUAGAAUUUCGUAUUUUUAGGCCUGAGAUCAGCCCUGAACCGGUCAGCGGAUUUCUACAAUCCCUUGUGAUUUCCCUGAGGAGCAAACACAGGAAGACCACGGCACCAAAUCUGAUUGGAAUGCUGCUGUUUAUAGUCGUCGCUCUACUCAUGUUUAAAGUCUGGUGGAGGAGAAUGGGAAAGAGGUUUUGCAAUCCUACAUUUGUGAAAGUCAAAGGAAAAUGCGAACAGAUGAACCAGAAAAUAUCGCAACGCACAGAUCACGUGGUACAGAUCUGCCGAUCGUGCACAGCUAGGCACGUAAAAGCCAUGCAAUGUCAAUGCUUUGUAGUGUUAAUGGAACGCUUUUACCAGCUUUACCGCGGUGUGCGACUGAUGGUCGAGGGCUACUGGGCACGAACUAGUGCUGCAAGUACUUCUGGGUUGCUAAGAGUGAAGGCGAGAAUCCAAGCCAUCAGGCCUCCAAUAAAAAAAAAUGCUUGAUGGUAUGAGCACUGAGGCCCGUAAGAGUCUAAGUCGUUUGUUCUAUUGGAAUAAUUGCUUUAGCAACAACUAAAUAUUCUAAAUUUUGUGUAUGUUUUUAUAAGAAGCUGUUGUUGGAAUGCCAAUAUGGAGAGCUAACAAAAUUCCUGACCAAGCAUUGGUCAAGGAUAAGAAACUCUUCAAUAAUAAACUAAUAAACUGGAGCUGCUAUCAAUAGCUAUUGCGAACUGAACGAUCUCUGUGAAUAAUUCCAUUUUAAACUUUUUUACUUUAAAUUAUUUUUUAAGACA